GUCAUCCAUUGACAGUGAACCUGCCUUAGUUUUAGGGCCACUGAAAUCAUUACAGGAGUUACGUCGGGAGCAGCAGCUGGCAGAAAUUGAGUCCCGCCGACAGGAGAGAGAAAAGAAAGGUCAGGAGGAGGAAGGAACAAAGCCACCAGUGCAAGAAAUGGUGGAGGAACUCCAAGGACCAUUCUUGUAUGAAUUUUCAUACUGGGCAAGGUCUGGAGAGAAAAUUACUGUGACACCGUCAUCAAAAGAGCUGCUUUUCUACCCACCUUACGUGGAAACAGUUGUUAGUGGAGAGAGUUGUCCUGGAAAGCUGAUAGAGAUUCAUGGAAAAGCAGGCUUAUUUCUGGAAGGGCGAAUUCAUCCUGAAUUGGAAGGGGUUGAGAUUGUCAUUGGUGAGAAGGGAGCAACUUUGCCACUCAUCACAGUUUUCACUGAUGACAAAGGUGCUUACAGCGUUGGGCCACUCCACAGUGACUUGGAAUAUACAGUUACUGCUCAGAAAGAAGGGUUUGUUUUGACUGCAGUAGAAGGAACAGUUGGGGACUUCAAAGCUUUUGCUCUUGCUGGGGUGACAUUUGAGAUCAAAUCAGAGGAUGACCAGGCCCUUGCUGGAGUUCUCUUGUCUCUCAGUGGAGGGGUGUUUCGGUCCAACCUCCUUACACAGGAUAACGGCAUGCUGACUUUUUCCAAUCUGAGCCCAGGGCAGUAUUAUUUUAAACCCAUGAUGAAAGAGUUUCGCUUUGAACCAUCAUCACAAAUGAUUGAAGUGCAGGAAGGACAGAAUCUUAAAAUUCGGAUAACUGGUUACAGAACAGCUUACAGCUGUUAUGGCACAGUUUCUUCUUUAAAUGGAGAGCCUGAGCAGGGAGUCUCAGUAGAAGCAGUGGGGCAGAAGGAUUGCAGCAUCUACGGAGAAGACACGAUAACUGAUGAAGAGGGCAAAUUCAGGCUACGUGGCCUUCUGCCUGGUUGUGUGUAUCAUGUCCAACUCAAAGCUGAAGGCAACGAUCACAUUGAAAGAGCUUUACCACAGCAGCGUGUAAUUGAGGUUGGAAACAGUGACAUUGAUGAUGUUAAUAUUAUAGUAUUCCGGCAAAUUAAUCAAUUUGAUUUAAGUGGAAAUGUAAUUACUUCUUCUGAAUAUCUCUCCACAUUAUGUGUGAAGCUCUACAAAAGUGAAAAUCUUGACAACCCAAUUCAUACAGUCAACUUAGGCCUAUCCCUGUUUUUCCAUUUCCCACCACUGCUCCGAGAUGGAGAGAAUUACGUGGUGCUCCUGGAUUCUACGUUGUCUAAAUCACAGUAUGACUACACCCUGCCUCAAGUUUCGUUCACUGCUAUCGGAUAUCACAAACAUGUUACACUGGUCUUUAGUCCCACUAGAAAGCUGCCUGAACAAGAUAUUGCCCAAGGAUCUUACAUUGCAUUACCACUGACGCUGCUUCUGUUGUUGGCUGGUUACAACCACGAUAAGCUUAUUCCCUUAUUGCUACAGUUGACAACUCGACUGCAAGGAGUUCGUGCUCUUGGACAGACAGGUUCUGACACAGGUGGCUCAGAGGAUGCAAAGAGACAAACGAAAAAACAGAAGACCAGACGGACGUGAGAUGAAAAUAAUGAUUGCAUGAAGUGGUGCUCUGUCAAACUGGAGCCUGAGGAAGUGAAGCCACUAACAUGCAUUUUUGUUGAAUUUGCAGACUUCACAUUUUCGUUGUUGCUACGUGUGUGCUGUUUGUCACACUAGCUCCAUUUUGGUUGUAAAUUUUCUACGGAGUCUAUAGAUUUACUUAUUGUAAAGUAAUGAAAUGAAUGGCUCUGUUGUCACUGUGAGUGCAUCUCCCAUACUUGAAGACAAUUAAAGAAUUUUUUUUCUCUUCA